CAGAGGAGAACGGGGUUGUCCCCAGCCCCUCCGUCCAUCGCGGGGGUAGCCCUGAUGACAUGACCAUGAAAACCAGCCCUGACACCCCCUCCAAGCGUCCGGAGACACCCUCUAAAGGGUUCGGGGGGUCAGAGGAGUCACCUUCCGUCCCCACCCCAGGACGUACCCCGGGGAAGGCCAAGCAGCAGCUGAACGUCCGGGCAGAGCUGGAGAAGAGACAAGGGGGCAAGUCUCUACUCAACCUGGUGGUUAUAGGUCAUGUGGAUGCAGGGAAGAGUACCCUGAUGGGUCACCUGCUGUACCUGUUGGGAAACGUCAAUAAACGCACCAUGCACAAGUACGAACAGGAGUCCAAAAAGGCUGGCAAGGCCUCGUUCGCCUACGCAUGGGUUCUGGACGAGACCGGGGAGGAGAGGAACAGGGGUGUAACCAUGGACGUGGGGAUGACUAAGUUUGAGACGGCCUCUAAGGUGGUGACUCUGAUGGACGCUCCUGGACACAAAGACUUCAUCCCGAACAUGAUCACUGGAGCGGCCCAGGCGGACGUGGCGGUGUUAGUGGUAGAUGCCAGCAGAGGUGAGUUUGAGGCAGGGUUCGAGGCGGGUGGUCAGACGCGAGAGCACGGCCUUCUGGUCCGUUCGUUGGGCGUCACGCAGCUCGCUGUUGCCGUUAACAAGAUGGACCAGGUAAACUGGCAACAGGAGCGAUUCAAAGAGAUCAUCUCCAAACUUGGACAUUUCCUGAAACAGGCUGGAUUCAAGGACUCUGAUGUGUUCUACGUGCCAACUAGUGGUCUAUCAGGAGAGAACCUGACCACUAAGAGUUCUGCUCUGGCGCUAACAUCCUGGUACUCUGGACCCUGUCUGCUGGAACAGAUCGAUUAUUUCAAACCACCCCAGAGGUCGAUAGAAAAGCCCUUCCGACUGUGUGUCUCGGACGUCUUCAAAGAUCAGGGCUCAGGGUUCUGUGUAACAGGGAAGAUCGAGGCGGGCUACAUUCAGACAGGAGACAGAGUACUGGCCAUGCCCCCCAAUGAGACAUGCACUGUUAAAGGUAUCACUCUCCACGAUGAGCCUCUGGACUGGGCAGCAGCAGGAGAUCAUGUUAGUCUGACUGUCACUGGCAUGGACAUCAUCAAGAUCAAUGUGGGCUGUGUGUUCUGUGAUAUUAAGGAGCCAAUCAGAGCGUGUUCCCGCUUCAGGGCCAGAGUCCUACUCUUCAACAUAGAGGUCCCCAUCACACAGGGCUUCCCCGUUGUGUUGCACUACCAGACGAUCAGUGAACCUGCCACCAUCAGGAAGCUGGUCAGUGUUCUGCACAAGAGCAGCGGGGAGGUGCUCAAGAAGAAACCAAAGUGUCUGGGUAAGGGUAUGAACGCGAUGGUAGAGAUCCAGACGCAGAGACCCGUGGCGUUGGAGCUCUAUAAGGACUUCAAGGAGCUGGGACGCUUCAUGCUGAGAUACGUAGGGUCAACCAUCGCUGCCGGGGUCGUCACCGAGAUCAAAGACUGACGAUCAGAUCUGAUCCAGCUCGAUCAAGUCAAGAACCCAGAGACCGCAUGACAGAUGGCUAGCUGCAGACUGACAGAGACAAGACAGACAAAGUGCAAUUCCUUCAAGAGAUUGACAGAAGUGUCAUUCACAGACUGAGUGUUCACAUCCAUCCCUCUAUCUAUCCAUCCAUCCAUCCAGGGCAGAAGCUACCAUACAAGAUGAAGUAAACGAUGAACCAAUAAAUGGUCCAAUCCAGCUGUUUUUUAUCUCGAUAUCAAAUCAUUUCUGGGUUACAAUUAAGUAUCUUACUGUGAUUUUGUUUUUUAAUUAAAAUGGGCAAAAAAGAAACAACAAAAAUUGUUUUCAUAGCAAAUAGUAAUUUCUCAAGUAAGAACUGUCUGGAAGUCAUGUGAGUGGGAAAACUGAAAAAAUAGCUGUUAUUGGCA